AGUUUCAGCCCAGUUGCAUAUGUCCAUAUUACUCCAAUUGAAACGUUAUUUUAUAAACAAAUAGUUUACAAUACAACGAAUUAUUGUGUAGAAUAGGAGACAUAAACGAAUGUUUCAUACUUUCUUGAUAAUAAAGGGACAUUGCUGUGGGAUCUGUCUGUGAUUUUGUGACAUAAAAAAACAAAGAGAUGGCGACUAAUACAAAACACACAUUGUCACAAAAUUUAAAGAAGUCCAAAUCACAGAAUAAUAAGAAAGGCAACAGAAAGGAGACAACUGCCAAAAUGUUGCAUACUAUGGAUCUGCGAAACAAAAAAACAGAAGAAAACGAUAUCCGUGCUGACCCUGCGCUGGCCGCUUUAAAAGAAGAUGAUGAAAAAUGGCUGACACAUUUCUUGAUGAGCGAAUUAGAUGAUAUGUUCAAUAAUGUACCAAAAGAAAUGGAAAGGCAACAACCUGGAAGAAAAAAGAAACUAUUCGAAAAAGAACCACCGGAAAGGAAAAGAGGUGUAAAAAGACCAUUUGAAAACAAAAAAAUGGUAAGGAAACAACUUGAAAGGAACCGAGUUGGAAAGAGACAAGUUGCAAAUAAAAAUGUUGCAAUAAGACGAGUUGAAAAUCAACACAUAAAAAUAAUUCAACCUGUGAGGCGCCGAGAUCUUUAUUGGUAUCCAUUGCCUGCAGCUGUAGGUAGUCCAGAAUAUGACAUUCGGAUCGAGGAAGUUUUAGAUACGAUAAAAAAACACGUCAAAACCGAUGACAUAGUCGAGGAGCCGGAGGAUAAAGACAGUGAACUUCCUGUCAUAAAUUUUAGCAUCUUCCAAUACUUCUGGUCAAUUGGUAAGGAUAAUAAAAUGGUUGUAGAUACAGAAAAUCUGCCUAUUCUUUAAAUUCCACUAAGCAGUGAAAAAUUUAUAUUUUAAUACUUUUUUUUUUGGUAGAUAUGUUUUUAUU